UUUUUAACAAUAACUUGUAACGCAUAUAAAUACUAACUCUGGGGGUAACCUUGGUUUGUGCUUAAAACUAACCAAUUUAUUAUUUAUUUACGUUUACGUAUGCGUAUUCCUAUUGAUUUAAUAGACCCACAUUUGUAACGAUCAGAUCUCGAUGCUGCGUUCGUGGUUCCCUGCGAAGAGAUGCGCGCGUAAAAGUGCUCCUAUAGAAAACGACAGGAGUUAUUAAUAGCAGUUUCACCAAAGUGUUCAGCAGAGAGCCACAAAUACUUAACAUUGAGAUAGGACUAGAAAACAGACAGGAAGUGCUGUUGAUGUAUUUUUAGCAGCAGGAUCAUGUCUGGGAAUAGCUCACCCUUGCACAGCACAGACACCUCAUUGUCACUCAGCCCUGGCUUGCUCCCAGAGAAGAAUACAGUCAAUGAGCUGAAAACAAUUGAGCAACACAGCAGUAUUUCAGAACACCUAUCCAGUUUAAAUAGUUUAGAAAACGAUCGUUCAUUGCUCGAAAUUGAAAUCAGCAACAUUCCCGAUCUCAACACAAUUGUCGCCGAUGUCUCGCCACCGAUCUCUCUUAGUUUAUCCAAUUUAUCCAACUCAGCUGGCAAGAACGUUAAAAGUGUGUUGGAAGAAAUCCUUCACAAUGAGCAGUUUAAGUCGGAGCGCUCCGACCGGCUCGAUUCAAACGAUGAUGUCAGCUUGAAUAUUUUUGAUGGCGUGAAUCUGGAUGACAGCAGCAUCAAUAACUAUGUGCUCAAACUGAAGAGUCAGGAGUCGGACGUGUACAGCUAUCAAGACGACGCGAAGGUGCGUAGUCUGGAAGACGCGCUCAGCGUCAAAGACAGUAUUAUUCAAGCGCUCAACGUCGAGGUGGAAUCACUCAAGGAUCUUGCCAGUAAUCAGAGCACGUUGAGCAUGAACACGACGCUCACCGAAUACAAAAUGUUUCAGGACGAAUGCGCGACGAAAUUUGUUAACUUCGAAAAUGCACUGGCACACCGGGAUUCCGUUAUUGCGAAACUUAAAGAUUCGUUGAUAACCGCGCAGAAACAUGAGGAUGAGAUGCGCGCUGAAUGCGAGCAGUAUAGCAAGGAUAUCCAGUGCGUUCAGACCGAACUCGCCGAAGCUGUGGAGUAUAUUAAGAAAUGUAAAUGCAAGUGCCUUGAUACUAGUAAUAAGAAUGACUUCGAUUUCGAUCUAAACGCCAUUUAUGCUCAACUAGAGGAGCGUCUAGACUCGGAUACCGAAUUUAUUGAGAGAUUUAAACGAAGUAUUAGUGAAUAUGUACAGUGUAAGCUAGGAAGAAAUGAUUCCGUCCAUGAAGUGGAAAUCAGCCGAUUACAAGAGAAGCAUGUGAAGGAAAUGGACGAUACGCGCAAAUUCUACGAGGAGAAAUGUGCGGACUUAGGUGAAACAACACAAAUAUCAAACGAAUUAGUGAGUCCACAAAGUAGAAAGCUUUCCGAUGAGGAGCUACAAUCCGAGGAUGAUUUGUCUGACUUGUACGUGGGCGAAUUUGCAUCGAAAUCGUUUUUGAUUGAAGAUAAAUUGACGCCAGAGAAAGUGCACGCAUUCAAGAACAAGAUCGAUGAUGCAUCGCUUGUUUUAAGCAAGUACGACUUGGAAAAUCUCGGGGAAGACGCGCUCAAUUCGCUGAAAACCACUUUGGAUAGUUUUAGGUUUGUUGCAAAUGCGCCGCUGGAUGCGCAUCAUUAUCAGGCGGAAAUUGACAGUCUGCGACAACAAUUGGAUAUUUUACAGCGUGCCAAAGAAUUGAAAGAUGCUGGUACACAGGCUAACUCCGGGGAUCAAGAAAUUGAUGGCAUCGUGCAGAGCUACCAAGUACGCCUUAACGAACAGGUGGAACAAGCUAAAUUUGAUAUCAUGUUUGCGUUGGAAAAUAACAUCUCAAAACUAGCCGAAAGCGAGUGUAAUGACGAUGAUUGGCCAAAGGAGUUUCUUGAAAUCCGUAACAAACUCAGCGCCAAAUACGAAAGGCAACUCGUCGACAUCAAGAACCACCAUGAAAUGGAAGUGUCCCGCUUGAAUGAGAAACUAAGUCAAGUGAGGAGCAUUGCGAGAAAUUGUAUCACGCCACAGCGUUCACAAGAUGGUUCCGACGAUGAAGAAAUUACCAAAGAACGCCAGACCACCAACACGCUGCGCAAUUUACUCAUCGACUGCUAUAAAUACUUUGGGCAGUGUGAGGAGGAGCUCAACACUACUUUGUUUGAAGAACUCGCCAAAAAUUCCAUGCUGGACUCCGACAGUGAUCAUAACAUCCAUGACUCGAAUUCCAGCUCCUCUAAAACGGACGUAUCUGCAUCGAAGCGCGUGCAUUUGGCUCCGAAUAUUCAGGAGUAUAUAGAAAAAAUUGACAAACAGGCUGAGAAUGUCUCAAUGGAGUUUAAAAACGAAUUGAGAUUGUGUUUAGCGAGGUUGAAAUCGGAAGCCAAUGCAAUUCUUGAAUUAACUUGUAAGAAUGUCGAAAGUGGAUCGUCGCAUGGAGUUGUGUUGCGCAAUGAAAACGAGCGCCCGCUCGAGGAUAAGAUCCAGUCGCUCAGGAUGCAAAUCGCUUCCGAUGCACAGAUUAAAGAAGAGUUAAACAGUCAACUCUCUGAGGCGAAGCAGCUUGUGCAGACAUUGGAAAAUGAGAAGACUCAACUCGAUCAUCAGAUGGAGGGUGUGAUUGCUAAAAAUAGAAUCACCGAAGACGAGUUAGCGAGGGCGCGUGAUAAAAUCGGCGAGUUGAUCGACUACGGCCGGAAAGAGGUUGUUUCCGAGGGGUACGGUGAGAAUAUGCUGCAUGGUGGGUCGGUGCGAACACCGCUUGUGGAACUAAACGAGAGAGCGCGACAAAUCAUCGCCGAGAAUAAAUGCGACAGCAAAACACUGCGGAUCAUUGAGGAGCUAAGUCGGGAGUGUGAUCAACUUGUAGAGGAUGCAAAACGUGAACGUCUGGACUUUGUCUUGCAGAUCGAAUCGGCCGAUAAGAAACUUAAAUCAACACAAAGGUUCCUCGAGGAGCAGGCGGUUGAGCGCGAGCAGGAGCGCGACGAGGCGUCGAAAACGAUCAGCGUACUGCGCGAUCAGCUCAAGGAUCGUCUUAAGGACCGUGCUGGUUACGAGCGCGUCAACGAGGAGACAAUGGAUCGUGGAGACACAUGGGCGUGGGGCGAUCGUGGACGAAUCGUUCAGAUUGAGAGAAGCGUCGAGGGUUUCGAGAAGCAGAUGCACGAGAUGUCGAAGCUGAUUUCCGAAGGGGAGAAGCGUUUCCAAGUGGUGAAUGUCGAACGGGAAGAAGCAAUUGAAAAGAUUGGCUUACUUCGGGACAUCAUAAAGGAUCUGGAGAAGCAAAUCAAAUCCAAAGAGGACUUGGAGGCCGAAUUGCAGUCAUUGCUGAGGAAGCAGCGUGAGGCGAACGACGUUUUGGUACAAGAAUUAGACGCUGCAGCCAAUACCACAAACUUUGAGGCUCACAUCAUUCAACUCGAAGAAGAAGUCAUCAAGUUACGCAGGGCAAAUGAUAUUGUUGGCAAUGAGGGAUUAAUAAAACAAAUCCAGAGCCAGUUGCAUGAAUUGGAACUGUUGGUUGACAAAAACAUUCGUGAGAUUGAAUCUUUAUACGCGACGAGGUCUGCAACAACUUGUAGUACACCGUCUGAAGAGAUGUCGGUCCAAGAUCAGAUCCGCCCAAAAACACCGAAUUCUACCGUGGAUGACUGCGAGGUACCGUUACAACAGUUAUCGCGUCUUAAAGAAAAAUUGCUCAAACAUUCGCGGGCUGAGAACUCAGCGCUCAAACGGAUUCAGGACAUGGAACUACAACUUUUACAUGCCAAACAGGAGCACGAUGAGCUGCACAACGAAAAGGAUGUGCUGCAGGAACAAGUCUCCGAGCAAUUGGUGCUCAUCUCGUCACUGCAGAUGCGUUUGGAUGAUCAACGAAUUCGAGCCGAACAUGUGCAAAAACAAGCAAACGCCUCGCUUGAGAUGCGAAUUUAUGAUCUAGAGAAUGAUCUCCAAGCGUUAAGGGAUAAGCUCCAGUCUAGAGAGAGCACAAUUAAAAAUUUAAACAAGAUUAUCGAGGAAACUAAACAACGACUACGGGAUCGUGAGGAGGAAUUAAGUUCUACUCUGGAAGAAUCAGAAGUUUGUGAUCUCAAGGCGCAAAUUGACCGACUUAAAGCAGACAACGAAAUUAUGCGGCAGAAAAUUGAGAACGAUGCGCAAAACGCUCAAAUUCUACCUAGUUUAGUUGACAAUAUUAUUGCGGAUAAAAAUAAAGACAUUGAAAGUUUGCGCUUGAAGUUAGAGGACACCGAGCGACAGUUUGAACUGUUUAGGAGUUCAUGUUCCGCGGAUAAAACCGACGACGUAACUCGCGACGUAUAUUCUUUAUUUAAUGUUUCUUCUCCAGAACGAAUGCGUGGUGCAAGCUCGGUGAAUUCGCCCAACUUGACAAAAUUCGUACCGGAAAUUUCUAGCAUCGAAAAGUGCGGUCCACCAAACUUGCAUUAUACAACUGACGGAUCGCUUAUGAAGCCAAAUUCGACCGAAAUUCAGAAAACUAUUGAGAGGCACGUACAUUUUGAAGAUGAAGCUGCUCAGACAAUACCCACUCCCGAAUUUACGGGUGAAUUCGACGUCCUUAACGAGGAACUGCAACAAGUAAAGGAGAAACUUGAAGCGGCAGAGAACAAUGUAAGUGAACUUCGGGUUGAUCUAGCGCAGGCCAAAAUGCAUCUGACUGAACGCGAAACUGAAUUAAACGGGCUGCACGAAGACGCAAAGCGAAAAGAUGACAUGUACAUGCAGUUGGCAAAGGAGAAACGCGAAAUUGAAAUGCAAUUUGAUACCCUGGAUGCUAUCAGGCACAGUAUUGAGGACUUGCAGAAGAAUGAACUGCAAUUGAAGGAAUUACUCCAGGAAACACGCGAGAAAUACGCUGAGAAGGAAGAUAGUUGCGCAAAACUCCAAACGGAAUUGGCGAAUUAUCAAAUUUUAAAGGAGGAAGAAAUUAUUAAUAUCAUGGAAGAAAAUAAAAAACGUUGUGAGACGUUAAUAACAGAUUUAGAGCAUUUAAACAUCGAGUAUCAAGAGUGUCGAAAGAAACACAAUGAAGAAAUGAAAGAACUGAAGCGUUUACUUGAAGAUCGCGAGUGUGAGCUUGAGAUUCUCAAUGAAGAUGUUACCCGGUAUCAGAACGAGAUUCACACGUUGGAGGACCGUCUAAAGCAGGUGCCAAAGGAAACGCUACAAGGCGCCAUGCACAAGAAGGAACUCGCUGAGAAGGAGCUCGAGAUUGUCAAGUUGAAGUCCACAAUUGAGAGUUUGAAACGCGAGACUAGUAAUAUCUUGGAUCAUCUCACUGUCAAAGAGGAGAUCAUCGAUAGAAUGAAAGUGGAUAGUGAAGCAUUGCGCAUCAAUCUAGAGACGAUUAAAGCAAAAAUGAACGAAAGUGGUAAUAUUUACGAUUUGCGCCAGAAGUUGGUUCGUGAACGUGAAUUCAACGCGCAAUUACAUUCGGAAAAUGAAGCAUCCAUUGAUGAAGUCGCGUAUCAAGUGCGUCAACAACUGAAUGACUCCGCAGUACUGGAUGAUAAGAUUUUCACGGCGUUGGGUUCAGGAGAUUUCAACAACUAUACUGAAACUGAGAUUCUCGAGGCUAAUUUACGCAAAGAACGCAAAAGUCGAAUGUUACUCGCCGAAAAAUUCAAAGAGUUGGAAGUGAAGUUUCAAGAAGCAAUGGAAACGGAAAAGCAAUUGCAGAGCGCACUGGAUGAUCAAAAGAAAUUGUUUGAUCACGUGCAAGUGGAGGAUACGAAUAUGAUGUCACAAAUCCGAGCGAAAUUAGAAGAAGCCAUGGCAACCGAGUUGGAGUACGAAGCGCAACUUAACAAGGAACGAUCCAUGCGUUUACAAUUAGAAAAUGAUUGGGCAGCUUUGCGCAGGAACUCAAAUAGCGUUAAUUCAGCAACAGAGUAUGUUUCAUUGGGUAACCUGCAAGAGCAACGUUUACAACGAGAAAUCAAACAGCUUCAGGAGGAAGUGGUCAAUCUCAAGAGGGAGAUAAAGAUUUUGAAGAAGAGUAAAAAUUCGGCUGACUGUGAAAUAAAAUAUUCCAAGGAAAUGUUAACGUUGAAAGACACUGAGCUUGUGAAACUAGAGAAGAAAUUAGUAAAACGCGAGUCCGAGAUUCGUAUGCUUCAGGAUAAUCUUAAGCAACAGAAAAUCGAACUUGAUAUGAAAAUUUCUGAGAUAGAAAAUAGCAAAGUCCUAGUUUCCACUUUAGAACAAGACAAACUUCAAUUGACUAUGAAGGUGACUGUUUUGGAAGCAAGACAACCCGUGCAGUCUUCAUCGAUAGUUCCUGAUGUAUUCUUGCAGAAAAUGAAAGACCUAGGGGAGCUUGUUACUGAGCACAUUAACGAGAACAAAUUGAUGUCAGAUACAAUAAUGAAGCUGACUACGGAACGUAAUCAAUUGGAGGGGAAGAUCCGAUUGCUGGAGGAAAGAGAUCGUAUGCAUGUGCCUUUCGACGAUCCGGUUUCACGGGCAAAUCACUUGUUUGGAAAGUACCUACGCGCAGAUAGCUACAGGCACGCGCUAUCAUUUCAAAAAAAGUACCUGAUUGGCUUAUUGGCAACGUAUCAGGAUGCCGUUGGGCAUCCGCUGGGUAAGUUCGAGCCGAAGAGAAGUCACGCGAAGAAAAGGGGCGUGAAUCGCUUUCGAUCGGUUGCGGUUGUGUUUAUCGCCAUAUUUCGAAUGAAAUACAUGGUGCAGCGAUGGCAUAGUGGGUCGCGCGGCUUCCAGUAUAUGUCCCUGCAGCGGCGUUUUCGUAGCGAGAACCUAGGGACACAUUUUCAAGUUGGAAAGCCAGUAUCUGGAGACCAUUUCCGAAUAGGCGCUAAUACUCGUCAGCAGCAUUUGAACCUGGGCGCUUCGACUUCUGGUAUUCCUUGCUCGGGGAUGUCUCCGCCUUGUAAAGAUGCCACGCAAACGACUAGUACUAAAGUGGUUCCUGAAGUUUUUGAACAAAUGCGACCUCGAGCAGUUGACCUGGAUUCCUACUUCGAACGAUUUAAUCUGAUCCAGCAGCGUUUGGGGACGACGUUGAAUACUUUUAAUUCUUAACUAUCUUAAAUAUGUCUAAGUUCUACGAGACUGACAUUGUAUUAUGAAUUAUGUUUUUAUAAAUAGUUUUCUCAAAUUUCUAAAGAUUAAGUUUAAGUCACACUGUAUCUGCUGUAAAAAUAAAAUAAUUUGAGGUU